CGUGCAUUGAAGUAGUCGACUUGGUUCAUACGUCAAAAUGGCUGAGCUAAUUGCGGUACCGUUGAAAAAACCGUGUGACGUUGAUGUCAUUAAACCACUUACAAAUGUUAUUAAAUCAACAUAUAAUAGCGCAAGCAAUCAAAAGGAUUAUACAGAGGCAAUAAAUGAUUUUAAUAAACUACGAAACAAUGCUUUGUGGAGAGCUUUCGAGAAGUAUGAAAGUUCCUUGGAGGUUAUAUACAGCUAUUAUGAUCAACUAUGUGCAUUAGAGGGUAAAAUACCUGCUCAUGAAUUACAAAUUCCAUUCAAGUGGAAAGAUGCAUUUGAUCACACUAUAUUUGGUGGAAAACUUAGUUUAACCAUUAGCACAUUAGGAUAUGAAAAAGUAUGUGUAUUAUUUAAUAUUGCUGCUUUACAAAGCUCAAUAGCAGCAACACAAUCUUUAGAGAGCGAUGAAGGCUUAAAAUUGGCUGCAAAAUUAUUUCAACAAGCUGCUGGUAUCUAUAAUUAUCUCAAAGGAAAUGUUAUGAUGGCUAUUCAACAUGAGCCUACACCAGAUAUCAGUCCAGAAACAUUAGGUGCAUUAUCUGCUUUAAUGCUUGCUCAAGCACAAGAAAUAUUUGUACAUAAAGCAAUUCAUGAUGCAAUGAAAGAUGGAAUUGUUGCUAAAUUAGCUUCACAAGCUGAGGAACUAUAUGCGGAUGCAUUAAAGUUAUUCCAAAAGGAGAUUUUCAGAGCAUUUUGGGAUAAGGAGUGGGUUCCUUUAAUUGCAGGGAAACAAGCUGGAUAUCGUGCAAUGGCUGAAUUUUAUCAGUCACUGGUAUGCAAAAGUAAUAAGGUUAUUGGAGAAGAAAUUGCUAGACUAGAGCAUGCUGUGGAAUUAUUCAAAGCUGCUCAACAACGUUCAAAUAAACCUAGUUUGUUCCAAGAUUAUGCUAAUAGAGCUCAAAGAAAUUAUACGGAGGUAAAGAAAGACAAUGAUUUUAUUUAUCACGAGAGAGUACCCGAUGUAAAAGCUUUGGAACAUAUUGGUAAAGCAAGUGUGGCAAAAUUGUUACCACUGCCAGAGGUCUUUAGCUCGAAUUUUAAAGAUCUUUUUGCCGAUUUACUGCCUGUUAGUGUGCAUCAAGCAUUAUCCUCUUAUGAAGUCCGUCGUAAUGAAUUAGUUAAUUCGGAAAUAUCUAAAUUACGUGAAAUGACACAAGUAUUGAAUAGCGUUUUGGCAAGUUUAAAUUUACCAGCGGCCAUCGAAGAUACAAGCGGAGUAGAAUUACCUCAAUCUUUAUUAGAAAAAGCUCAGUAUGUAAAAGAAGCAGGUGGAAUUAAAGCUUUGGAAAGUUAUAUGAAAGAGUUACCCGAUCUUUUACAACGAAAUAAAGAACUAUUAGACGAGUGUGAACGGAUUCUUCAAGAAGAACGAGAAUCUGAUGAUCAAUUAAGAGAACAAUUCAAAGAACGAUGGACAAGAAUACCUAGUGCUCGUUUGACAGAGCAGUUUACCGUUAAUUUACGGAAAUAUCGUGAAAUUAUCAACAAUGCUGUAACAGCUGACAAGGUUGUGCGUGAAAAAUAUGAAAACCAAAGAGAAGGCAUGGAAAUUUUAAGCUCGACCGAAGGUGACUUAAUCAAUGUUGUGCCAGCUGGAUCAGCAGUUCAAGAAAGCAACAUUGUUGCUAAACUUAGAAAAUUAAUGGAAGAUGUUGAAACUUUAAAAGCAGAACGCGAUGUUAUAGAAAGUGAAUUAAAGUCUGCUACUACUGAUAUGAAAACGACGUUCUUGUCAGCGCUAGCUAAAGAUGGUGCAAUUGACGAACCAAAUUUAUCUGUGGAAAGUAUAGGAAAAACGUAUGGACCUUUACAGAAGCAAGUGAGAGAAAGCGUUGCUCGACAGGAACAAUUGAUUGCUGAAAUUCAGAGGUGUCACGCAGAAUUUACAGCAGAACAAUCUGGUAGUGGUAGUUCAAGAGAGGCAAUGUUAUGUAAACUAGCAGCUGCUUAUGAUUCGUUCAAAGAACUUAAAGACAACUUGAAUGAAGGUAUUAAAUUCUACAACGACCUAACGCAGCUGUUGGUGGUCUUCCAAAAUAAAAUAUCAGAUUUCUGUUUCGCUCGUAAAACCGAAAAAGAAGAGUUGCUAAAAGAUUUGACUACAAAUUUGAGCCAUACUGGCCCAGCUACGACUCCUACUAUUCCGUCGCAUCACGGAGGAACAUCCGGACAACAAAGUCAAUCUGGAGCAGAACAAAGUGGUUCCUCACAAUUACCCUAUCCUACUCAUUUCCAAGGUGGAAUGCCUGUACCAUAUGGAGCUGGUCCCGCUACACCGUAUCCGACAUACAUGCCUCCCCCUAUGCCUGCAACGUAUAACCCAUACGCAACAAUGCCUUAUCCAGCACAAGGAGGUUAUAAUCCAUAUCAGGGUAUGCCACCAAAUCUUUACGGCGGAUUCGCGACUUUACCGCGUUAUGGUGGUAAUCAACAUCCUCCCCAAGGACAGAAUCCCUACUGAAGUGUAAUCUAUUAUUGCCCGCACUGUGAUUGCAAAUAUACCCCUAUUGUAUGAAAAUGGGAUAUACGCUAUAUUUAAAAUGAUACCGCGAAUGUUAAGACGCAACACUAUUUCGAGCUGUCCAAUGAAAAGCAACACGAGGAGGAUAAAUUCGAAGAAAAUAUAUUCCUUCAUUGUUAUUAUAAUUCAUGCAGUUAAAUUUGAUAGAGACUAUAUCAACACGUGAUGUAUGUUAAGCUUCGAAUGAUGCUUUAUAAAAGAAAAUAGAUUUAAGCAUGACAAUGCUCUUGCAAUUUAUAAAUAUAUUUUGUAACAUAAUAA